AACCGCAAUUGCCCAGUCCACCACCGAAUCCAUUGAUCCGUUCGAUGGCUGCUGUUCAUUGACUGUUGGUUUUUCGCGACGCAAGUACCAGGUGUGGCGAGUGCAUUUUCCACUGAUUAAGUGGCUCGCGUGCGCGCGUAUGUGUGAACAGUUUCGGAGGAAAAAAAACCGACUAGAGGACGCACUUUUUUCCACUCGAAGCAAGCGCUUUUGCUGAACCAUAGUGAGCUACGAGUGAGCUGGUUCAUCUCACCAAAGCGUUCUCACUACCGUGAUCGAACCGAUCGAAAGGAGCGUGAUCGUUUUCACAGCAACACGAAGCCAUCGGUUGGGCGACAGAAGAGAAGAAAAACGAAACGAAACGAAAAUCUAAACGCGAAAACCUCUACUGGUCUCCAAUUGACUGCAGGGGCAUUUUCUGUGUGACCUUCGUGGCCAUCGAUCACUGCGGGUGGCUCGCGAUCGCGGUAUGGCCUUUUUCAAGAGCAUCUGGAAAACCAACUCCAAGCACAAGAAAUUGUGCGAAGAGCUCGCUCUGGCGAACAGUAUUCGCGAUUUCUCCGAAAACCACGAUGAGCUGGAGGAUGGCUCGAACGAAGCCAUCAGUUACAGCGUCAAGUACUUGGGAAAUACCCCCGUUCCAACACCGCGUUCAGAGAACGCUACGGCCGAAGCCGUUAAGGCAAUCCUAACGGCAGCUAAAGGCAACAAGAAGCUGCAGCGCGUCUCGCUGUCGAUUUCACCUAAAGGCAUCGAAAUGAUCGACACCAGUACAGGCGAAACAUUGCUACAGGUGUCCAUCUACCAGAUUUCGUACUGCUCCGCGGACGCCAACCACGACCACGUGUUCGCGUUCGUUGGCUGCACGCUCGGUUCGGAAGCCGAGGUUAAGGAGAUGUGCUUCCGGCGCACGGCGGAUGAGAUCAAUCUGGAAGGGCCGCUUGUGUGUUACGCCUUCUUGUGCCAGAAACGAAAGAUGGCUCAAACCGUCACGCUGACCGUGGCUCGGAGCUUCGAACGUGCGUUCCAGAUUUGGCAGAGCAAGCAGUUCCAUGCUGAGCGUAAGCGAAAGGAACUUGAGGAGCGCAUGGAACGGGAGCUACGCGGCAGUCGAGAAUUGGUGCACAAGGGCUCUGCUGCGGACGAGUCCGAAAAACGAGAUGAAAACGCUGGCGAAAAUCGCAGUUUGCUGAUCGAUUUUAAUUCAGAUCUCGCGGAGAUCUGCUCCGAUUCCCGUCACCAUCGGGAACUUUUGCAGAACACUUGGGUAUCAUUCGAAGAUGAUCAAACACCACAAGAGUUCGUCGCAGUGCCAACAUUAACAUCUAACUCCGGCUGGAGCGGGAUGGCCAUUUGUUCGAACUGAGCGAACGCCCAGCAGCAACAGAAUAGAAUUAGAGUCUUCACGCUAAGCUUCCACGUUGCGGUUCGGUGCGAGUCUCUCUGUGUUCCGGAUUUAAGCAUUGCUACCGGUUUUUUUAACUAAAAAUUGGGGUUAGUCAUCCUCAUGGGGUUAAGAAAUCAUUGCGUUACUUUUGUUCACAUUCGGCGAAUCCACAUUUUUGCAAAAACCCUUGUCCCAAAUAGCAUUAACAUAUGAUAUGUUUGUGAUAGUUAUUUUUUAUUUUAAAUAAACGU